AUGAGCGUGAGCCCCCCUGGCGUCUUCUCCUUGGGGCACUGGGUGUUGCUCGUUGCAGCCAAGCAGCACCCGCAGCACGGUCCUCGGUUCCGAGCCAACCGGAAGACUUCGGCAUGCCUUUGCCAGUGCAAGGCCAAGGCAGAGCAAACGUUGUCUCCGGAGCAGCUCGAGGAGCUGGUGAGCAAGGAGCUCUUGGCCCAGGAUGCGGCGGCGUCAGAGCCCCUGCAGAGACUCGACGAGUUUCUCCAGGUGCAAGAGAUGGACUGCUCCGCACGCCUCUUCUACCUCAUGAACCGAACCGUGGGUUUGCGCGACGAGCUCGCGACGCUCCAUUCGGACUUCAUGGGCGUCGCGGGCGUCUACCUGCAGCUGAUGCAGCACAUGCCCUCGGAGAGCGUCUGGGUCUGGCUCCUCUGCACCUCCGAGGAGCGGCUCACGCAGAAGGUGCAGAGCUACUUCUUCCGCAUCAUGGCCCUGGCGGUGGACCAGCACCACUGCCUCAAGGCCAUCGCGCGGGAUGCCGUGCUUCGCGGCGUGGAGGGCUGGAAAAAGCUCCAUGUGGACUACUUGGCGCAGCAGUGGUACGGCUUCGCCUUCGGAACUUUCAACCAGCCGGGCAUGUCGGCCGGUGACGGAGGCUCUGCAGCGCCUCCAGGUGCCCCGUCCUCUGCACAGGAGAGCUUCGUGGCCGGCAGCUUCUGGAUUAGCAAAGUCUUCCGCUGGUUCGAUGGCUACGCACAGGAUCUCUACAAGGCCAUGCUCGAGCUGGAGGGGGCGGAACUGACGUCCGGCGAGGGCCCAGUACGCCUGCACCACCAGGAUGAACAGGGAUCCUUCGUGACCUACGAGUUCCUGCGGCGGAAGGUGUUCGGCCAGUGGGCCAUUGACAAAGGGCUCCUCCGUGGACUGAUACGCCACGUUUGGCAGCCGGGCUUUGAGGAGACCACGGCCAUCGGCGACUUCGGAGCCGGAGGCGGUCACUACAGCAAGUGGCUCAAUGAGACAGGCCUGGUGGAGGCUUUUGCCUUCGACGGCACACACCAGGCUGCCGAACUCACGGAUGGUCUGGUGCAAGAGGUGAACCUCGUGCAGGACCUGACCUUGUGGCGCACUUUUGACUGGGUGCUGUGCCUGGAGGUCGGCGAGCACGUGCCGAAACAGUACUCCUCGACGCUCCUGUCGAACCUGAAGCGCCACGCUCGGAAGGGCCUCGUGAUGUCCUGGUCCGACGACUGGGAGGGCAUCGGCCACGUCAAUUGCCUCUCCCGGCCCGAGUUUAUAGCCUUCGUUCAAAAGUCCACAGGCUUCGUCCUGGACGAGGCAGCCACAGAGGUGGUGCGCGGGGCAUGCGAAAUUGACUACAUCGCCAGGACUCUGGCGGUUUUCCGUGCCCCGAGCUGA